ACAGGGUUCCCUGUUGAUCCUAAAACAGUAAAAAAAAAUAAUGUUAUGAUAAAAAUGUUAGAAAUAUUUUAGAAACUAAUGUAAAUUGUGAGUGGUUUUCUAAAACCGCAUGUCACUUUAUCACUUAAUAUCGACGAUUUUUUGUGCCUGCCACUUCGAAACGGAAUAACAUCAAUUGUGCUAUGCUUUAUCUGCAUAUAUUCUUUUUCCAAUUUAUUUCAAGCUCUUUUUUAUCAACUUUCUCCCCAAUGUUUCAUUUAAUCUGAAUAUAUAUCUUGUAUACACGAGAGAUCGGUUAACUAUGUCGAGGAUGAAAAGCAAAUUUCUCUAUCUAUGCCUGCUUGUUCUCGUGUCAACGAGUUUUACAGUGAUUAUGGAGCCCAGAGAGCACAUCACUUUGGACAAUGAACAUUCCUAUAGUUUCAAUGAAGCCUUGGGAAUAUGUCUGUCGAAGAAGGAACACGGCACAUUCGAAUGCGUAAAUCGUGGUAUUUUAAGUGCUUUACAAUCCUGGCACGAUAAGGACACCUUGGAGUUUGGAAAAAUGCGACUGGACCGAGCGGAAGGUUACAGCAGAGACUUUUUGGAUUUAGAUUACGAUCCGAAGGAUUUUGGAAAUAUUAUCAAGGCAGCUACCAGAUUGAUGGAACGUCGAAAUAUCAAGUGGAAUCUCGAUAAUUUAUAUCCAGGAUUGCAGAUGCGCGUCGGACCAAUGUUAAAUAGAGAUGGAAUACUGGAAUUUGUUCUCAACGAAAGAGCUGCUUCGUAUAACGACAGGCAGACUAGCGGUCCAGGAAGACAGUUAACCAGACACAUAUUACUGCCAUUUCUCUUGGGUUUCAAAUUCAACUUGGCAUCUCUAAUUCCACUUAUGUUUGGCUUCCUGCUGAUUGUGACCAAGAAGGCCCUGUUAUUGACAAAAGUGGCGCUGUUCCUAAGUGGUCUUUUAGGAUGGAAUACACUCUUUUCCGGAACACCUGCAGCGUCUUAUCCGGCAAACGCGUUCAAUGACUUCCAUGCUUACGGACAUGGAAUACCGGCAGGUGUUUACUCCCAUUAUGAGGAUCAUUAUCCGCAGCGGCCUUACAAAACGCUACAAGACUAUACACCUUAUGAUCAGCAUGUCAUUAGAGAAGUCGUCAAUGUUUAUGAAGGAAAUAAUGACUCGGGACAAACUAGACAAAAUGCAAAGAAUUUUGUUUGGACUCAAAACGAUUAAUUAAUCGUACAAUUUAAUAAUAUGUACUGACAAAAUACAAUAAAAUUUAAAUAAAUUAUUAAUGUUUAGAAAAAUCAGGAUUAAGUUGUUUUAGAUCUAGAUCUAGAUCUAGUAUUGUCUUAAUAUUUUAUUUAAUUAUUUUAAAAUAUAAGAAAUGUUAUAUCAAUUUUUAUGUUAUUUGUAAAAAUAAA